AUGAGUAGCAGCAGCAAAACGGAUCAAGAAAGUGGAGCAAGCGCAGCUCAUCAGAAGAAACUCAAGGGAGUGAGGAGGCGAAAAUGGGGCAAGUGGGUGUCUGAAAUAAGGGUUCCUGGCAAGCAAGAACGGCUUUGGUUAGGUUCUUAUUCUACACCAGAGGCAGCUGGGGUGGCACAUGACAUAGCUUCAUAUUGUUUACGUGGGCCUUCUUCGAUAGAGAGUCUGAAUUUCCCUCUAAUGUUGCCUUCGAGUGUAAGAGAAGACAUGUCACCUAAGUCCAUACAGAAAGCUGCAUCAGAUGCUGGCAUGGCAAUUGAUGCACAAAUGAUGCUGAACAGGUUGCCAGAAAAUGAGGUCAAGGUUGGGUCUGAAAGUGGUGCAGUUAAUCGUGGGCUAGAGACAGAGUUAUGGGAACCUGCAGGUGGUGAUCAUCAUGGUGGUAAUGGUCGUGGGAAUUGGCAUGGAAACAAUAUUAUUAGUAUGACAGAAGGGGAUGGUUUAAACAUCUCCAUUGAAGAUUAUCUCUAG